CAGGGCGUCAUGGUGGGCAUGGGCCAGAAGGACUCCUACGUGGGCGACGAGGCCCAGAGCAAGCGCGGCGUCCUCACCCUGCGGUACCCCAUCGAGCACGGCGUGGUCACCGACUGGGGCGACAUGGAGAAGAUCUGGCACCACACCUUCUACAACGAGCUGCGCGUGGCCCCCGAGGAGCACCCCGUCCUGCUCACCGAGGCCCCCCUGAACCCCAAGAUCAACCGGGAGAAGAUGACCCAGAUCAUGUUCGAGGCCUUCAACACCCCGGCCAUGUACGUGGCCAUCCAGGCGGUGCUGUCCCUGUACGCCUCUGGCCGUACCACUGGCAUCGUGAUGGACUCCGGAGACGGGGUCACCCACACAGUGCCCAUCUACGAGGGCUACGCCCUCCCCCACGCCAUCCUGCGCCUGGACCUGGCCGGCCGGGACCUGACCGACUACCUCAUGACGAUCCUCACGGAGCGGGGCCACAGCUUCACCACCACGGCCGAGCGGGAGAUCGUGCGGGACGUCAAGGAGAAGCUGUGCUACGUCGCCCUGGACUUCGAGCAGGAGAUGGCCAGCGCGGCCGCGGCCCCCUCGCUGGAGCGGAGCUACGAGCUGCCCGACGGGCAGGUGAUCACCAUCGGCAACGAGCGGUUCCGGUGUCCGGAGGCCCUCUUCCAGCCCUCCUUCCUGGGUAGGUGGCCGCCGCCCGGCGGAGGCGGGGCCCUUGACCUCCAGCCGGAGGCCUGGGCUGACCGAUCCCGGGGCGUCCACGCCGCGGCCUUGAGCUCCAUCCUGAGGUGCGAUGUGGACAUCCGCCGGGACCUGUACGCCAACACCGUGCUGUCCGGGGGCAGCACCAUGUUCCCGGGCAUGGCCGACCGCAUGCAGCAGGAGGUGGCGGGCCUGGCCCCCGGCACCAUGAAGGUCAAGGUCAUCGCGCCCCCCGAGAGGAAGUACUCCGUGUGGAUCGGCGGCUCCAUCCUGGCCUCGCUGUCCACCUUCCAGCAGAUGUGGAUCAGCAAGCAGGAGUACGAGGAGGCCGGCCCGCCCGUGGUGCACAGGAAGUGCUUCUGAGGGCGUCCGCCCGCG